GUCGCUCCGGAAGUGCGGCGCGGGGCCUCGGCCAAUGGGGAGGGCCAGGCUUGAGGCGCGAAGUCUCGCGAUAUCUCCCCCCGCCGAUGGCCCUCCCAUCACCCCGCGCGGCCCGGGCUCUUCCUUUUCCGCCAUCGCGCUCUCGGCACCAUGGUGCGGAUGAACGUUCUGGCCGAUGCUCUCAAAAGCAUCAACAACGCAGAGAAGCGUGGGAAACGCCAGGUGCUCAUCCGGCCGUGCUCCAAAGUGAUCGUCCGCUUCCUGACCGUGAUGAUGAAGCACGGUUACAUUGGUGAAUUUGAGAUAAUUGAUGAUCACAGAGCUGGGAAGAUUGUUGUCAACCUCACAGGCAGACUCAACAAGUGUGGUGUAAUCAGUCCCAGAUUUGAUGUGCAGCUGAAGGAUUUGGAAAAGUGGCAGAACAACCUGCUGCCUUCCCGUCAGUUUGGGUAUAUUGUACUGACAACCUCAGCUGGCAUCAUGGACCAUGAGGAGGCGAGACGAAAACACACAGGAGGCAAAAUCCUGGGAUUCUUUUUCUAAAACUUGUAAAAAAAGAGGAUACUAAUAAAUUGUUCAAAUGGA